UGUGCUGCAGCCUGAGGAGAAACACUCUCACUCCCAGGCCACGAAUAUCUGCUUGAUUCCCUGCAAACAUCUUCCAAAAUAAGAGCAAAGGAGCCACGAAGGAGACAUCGAGGGGCGCGUGUGGAUUUGUUCUUGCUUUUUUUUUUGGGCUCCAUGUGAAAGUUGAACUCAUGCGGCGCUGGAAACUUUUUGCAGAAGAGCCAAGAUGCAGAAGACUAUUUUGUGUCGCUCGCCGCCAAGCGUGGCUGUUGGGCCUGGGUGAGGAGGAGACGUAAGAGAAGCGGCGCGCAUGUGAAGCGUAGGAACAGACGGACACGUGGGAUUGGAAACACGCUGUAGUGGGUUGGACUGAGAGGUCAUUUGGCGCCACCUGUUGGUUUGCGUGCAAAAAUCUCCAAACCUCGAAUAUUCACCUCCAUGUUUCUGCAACGUCAUCCGAGCCUCCUCUGACCACGCUCCCAGCCACCCGCCCGCCUGCUCGCUGGGCCUCCGACUUCCGACGUUGAGCCUGCAAGGCGGGGGAGCCCCCAAGUGGACUUUCAUGGCCGCGGCACUCUAGGGCUGCCAUGGCAGCUGCUGCCGCCGAUGCCUCACACCGUAUUACCGCACUGACGCCGGAGGAAGAGGGACGACGGACCGCCGCCGCCAAGUUGUUCGGGAGCACCGCCCCGCUGCCACGCACAGAACGAGAGAGGGGGAGAGAAAGGGACGACGAGGAAGAAGAGGCGGCGAGAGGGAAGGAGUGUUUGGCGUGCGGGGCUCUGUUCGCCUCUCAGGAGAAGCUCCGCCUCCACGCCGCGACUCACACGGGAGAGAAACCUUUCCACUGCUCGCAGCCUCACUGUGCCAAGGCCUUCAGCUCCAAAUACAAACUCUUCAGGCAUAUGGCCACGCACUCGCCACAGAAGACCCACCAGUGCUCGUUCUGUGAGAAAAUGUUCCACCGCAAAGACCACCUGAAGAACCACCUGCAGACCCAUGACCCCAACAAGGAGGCUUUCAAGUGCGAGGAGUGUGGCAAGCACUACAACACCAAGCUGGGCUACAAGCGCCACGUGGCCAUGCACUCGGCCACGGCGGGCGACCUCACCUGCAAAGUGUGCAUGCAGAGGUACGAGAGCACGCCCGUCCUGCUGGAGCACCUCAAGAGCCACUCGGGGAAGUCGUCGGGCGGCGCCAAGGAGAAGAAGCAUCCGUGCGAUCACUGCGACCGCCGCUUCUACACGCGCAAGGACGUGCGGCGCCACAUGGUGGUGCACACCGGCCGCAAGGACUUCCUGUGCCAGUACUGCGCCCAGCGCUUCGGCAGAAAGGACCACCUGACGCGCCACGUGAAGAAGAGCCACUCGCAAGAGCUGCUGAAGAUCAAGACCGAGCCGCCGGACAUGCUGGGCCUACUCGCCUCGGGGUCGCCUCCUUGCUCCGUGAAGGAGGAGCUCAGUCCCAUGAUGUGCAGCGCCGCCCCCAACAAGGACCCCAUGAUGGGCAAGCCCUUCCCGAGCGGGGCCCCCUUCCCCAUGGGCGUGUACAACCCCCACCAUCUGCAGGCCAUGUCCAACUCUGGGGUGGCCCACCCUCACCCGCCCCUCAUGUCUGCGCCCCUCUCGGCGGCCAUGAGCAUGGGCUGCCACAUGGAAUCCACUGGAUCCCUGCACCCACACUCCCACCACCACCACCACCACCAUCACCACCACCACCACCACCAUUCCCCUCCGCCGCCUCACCACCAGCCCCCGGCCCCCCAGCAGCAGCACCACCCCCAGCAGGCCCCCAAGUACCAGCUGGGAUCUACCUCAUACCUGCUGGACAAACCCUUGAAGGUGGAGAUGGAGAGCUUCCUCAUGGAUCUGCAGAGCGGUCUGCCAGGUCCGGAGCCCCACGCUGCUGUUUCCCCCCCAAAGGACGGACUGGAGCCCCCUGCUGGCCUAACGGAAGAACUGUGCGGGGAUCCGCUGCUGUCCAAGAGCCCCGCGGUGAUCGCCGAGUCUCUGUGCGCUGCUAACAUGGACUUCUCCCACUUACUGGGCUUCCUCCCGCUCAACCUGCCUCCCUACGGCGCCCCCAUGAGCGCGGGAGGACUGGUGAUGGGCUACACCUCCUCGGCGACACCCUCCUCCUCCUCCUCGUCUUCCUCAUCUCUGCACGCCGUCGCCGCCGAGCCUCACGCCGCCUCGGCUUCUGCCUCGGCAGCGCCUCUUACCUCUUUGCAACCGCAACCUCAGGAGCAGCAGAGCUCCGGCGGGGGUCUGGGCCUCGGACCCCUGCACCCUCUCCCGCCAGUGUUCAGCUCCAGCCUCAGCACCACCACGCUGCCUCGCUUCCACCAGGCCUUCCAGUGAGAGCGCGCUAAAGCUUCUCAUGCAUCCUUAAAAGGAAGUUUCAAGAUUUUAUUUGGAUUUUUUUCCCUUUAUCCUGUAGUUAUGACGACGUAGUAACCCUUCAUUUUACCUCCCAACGCCAUUUAAGUCCCCUUAUAUCCCCCCCCUUAUUUAGUCGUGUAUAGAGGGCAGAAUCAGUAGGCCAAAAGGCGUGGUACUGCGUUACUUUCGAAAGCAAUAAUAGGAAAAAAUAUAUCAAAGAUCAAGUUUAGUGAAGAUGAUCUGUAUUGUUGUGACGCGGAUACAAAAAAUAUAGUUUGAAGUGGAGAUUUUUUUUUGUUUUUGUUUUUCUUUGAUGUAUUUGUAAGAAUGGCGCAACGUCUCACUUUGAGGGACUAUCCACACGGAAACGGAAAUUAUUUUAUGGUUUCAGCCUAUCAUCCACACGGAAACGGCAUCCUGGGUGGAAUUUUUUUGAAAACGGCUUCCAGAGUGGGAAAAGAAAUAAUAAAAAAAAAAUUCUAAUUAAAAAUUUAAUGAGAGAAAAAGGACAAUAUUUUUUCAAGGUGUAUAUAUAUUAUAAGAAACAGACAAAACAAAAUAAAAUUGUUGUUUUUGAAAAAAUCAGCAGUAAUUUUGCGGGAAUAAAGUCAAAAUAUGAAGAGAUCUGAAGAAAGUUGAACUCUAUCAAGAAAAAAGUAGCAAUUUAACAAGAAUAAAUUCAUAAUAUUAUGAGGAAAAAUAAUUUUAUUUUUGCAGCAUAAAGUUGAAUUAUUAAAGAAAAAGGAAAAUUUUUUUAAAAGCUGUAAUAUUAUGAGAAACAGACAAAAUAAAGCUGUCAUUUUUGGAAAAUUACUUUGCAGAAAAAUUUAUAAUGUUAGGAGAAUAAAGUCAAAAUUUUAUGGGAAUAAAGUCCAUUUAUUUUGAGAAAAAAAUGUACAAAAACAAAGUUGAAAAAUAAAAAAAAUAACAAUAGCAAGAAUGGGAAAACAGAUGUAAUUUUAUGAGAAAAAAGUCAAAAUAUUAAGAGAAAAAGAAUAAACUUGGAAUAUUAUAUUAAACAAACAAAACAUUUUUGGAAAAUUAGAUAAUAUUAUUGGAAUAAAGUCAUAAUAUUACUGUAUGGGAAUAGAGUCAUAAUAAUACCAAAAGAAAAUGUAUGAAGACUAUUUAAGAAGAGUCGUUAACGUGUUAUAUUUGACAGCCCUAAUAUAACUAUCUCUAUACAUUACACUUCUCCUGAUAUUUUGUUGUCUUAUCCUCCGAAAUGACUCGCAGAAGUAUUUCUACUUCUUGUAAGUGGAGACGACCAGCUUCGGAAAGCUGACUUAUGUGCAUUUACAGCGCCACACGUAGGCGUGCCUUGUGUAUUACAUCCUUUUCACCCAGUGAUCCGUUUCCCGUCCGGAUGAGACUAUUUACGAAUCCGGCACAGUGUGGAUGCCAGUUUUUUUCAAUCCCAGGAACGUUUCCGUGUGGACUGGACAGACCUGGGCCUGAGACACAAAAAAAAAGAGCUCAAAGUCCAGGAUUUACCUCAAAAAGCCCCCAUCCCAUUCUGGGAAAAAAAAAAAAGCCCCCAUCCCAUUCUGGGAAAAAAAGUGCUCUUUUGCGCAGAUAGAAAAUAUGAACAGAGAUGAUCUGCCCAGAUUCCUGUUUACUGUUUUCUUUGGUUGAACAGUUUAACGGGAUACGAAAAAAAAGAAAUGUGAAAAGUGUUGGUUUAACCCUUGAAGAGUUAUUGUCCAUAUUUUGGACAGUGAGAUUUAUUUUAAAGAGAAAAGCAUUUGGGGAAAAAACGUUUGAUUGCUUCAAGGUCUCCCAGGUUGGAAAUAGAUGAAAAACAAAAAAAAUGGCACCAUGCCAACAUUUGUAAAGUGUUGCAUCUCUGAGCAAAAUAAAAAUGCUCCAGAACGUUACAAAAGUCCAAGUUUUGACACAUAGACUCCCAUUAUAAUGUCUAUUUUUUGAUGCACUGAAAACCUCAUAUUUUAUCAUGCAUUUCCCGUGAUUUCCGCUUCAAUCCAUUCAGUGGCGAGUCGAAAAACAGCAGAGAGGGAUUUUUUUUUUUUUUGAAUUUACACCCACAAUCCACUGGAUGGCGACACAGCCUAACUAAUAGCGUCUUUGCAAUGAGCGCCCAAUCGUGCAAAAUGAACGUCAUGGAAACUGUCCAUCUUGCUAGAAUAGGUGCGUGUGUGUGUGUGUGCAUUGCUGGGUGAAGUUAUUUUGCAAAAUAAAGUGUUAUUUGCAAAAUUGUGCAUGUAUGCACGGAGCAUGCGUGUCUGUGGUUGCAGCGUCAGCGGCGCGUCAGCGGCGCGUCACUCCAACAUGGCGGCUCUGCUUGGGGGAAUGCUGGGAGUUGUAGUUUGAUGUUUCUAUUGGUCCAGCGUUUGAAUCUGACCCCCCCCCUCCCUCUUCCUAUUGGAUAGCGGUGUUUUGAGAGCAUUUCCCAAUGCGGCUCGCCUUGGAAAACAAGCUUUUUCUCUGCAAAACAGCUUUUUGUCGAUAAAACAGCUUUUUGUCUGCAAGACAGCUUUUUGGCUUUUAAAACCUUGCAAAACGCUUUCUUGCAUGCUGCAGAGGCCACACCUGGACCUUCACGAAAGAGAAAGCAGUGUGGACUUUGUGACACACCCACUGAGAGCGUCCAAUGUCUGCUCGAAAUGCGGCGUAUCAGUAUGACGAAAUCAUAUGAGGCCGACUUGCAUGAAUUGUUCGAAAAAAAAAAAAGUUGUUUAUUGUUCAUGUUCAUUCACGUUCAAAAAUAAAUAAAUACAAAAAACUAUAUAUGCAUGGAUAGGUCUGAUGCCACUGAAUAUUUUGAGUGGUUGAAAGUAAAAAAAAUAUUCAGAAAUUAUACACUUCCAAGGGUCUGUCAAUAUUUGAACAAAAAAACGCGUUAUGGGGUAAUUAACAUAAAAUUGCCAUUGUCAAAAAAAUGUGCAUGCCACAAAAAAUCUGUUGUUGUGAUUUUUUAACAUAUUCAAGGCCCUAAUUAUUCAUAUCAAACAUUCCAAUUUUAAUUAAUUUUUUUAUAUAGAUAUACACAUAAUUGUUUUUUGCUGAAAGCACAUUAUUGCUUUUAUUGUACAUAGAGGGUAUCAAAAAUAAAUAAAUAAAUAAAAACUAUAUAUGUAUGGAUAGGUCUGAUGCCACUGAAAAUUUUGAGUGGUCGAAAGUAAAAAAGUAUUCAGAAAUGACUGAGUUAUUACAUUUUAAAGACAGAGCCAAAUUUGGGCAAAAAAAUCAGUUGUGGCAUAUGUGUGAAAAAACUCUUCACGGGUUAAACAAAACAAACAAACAUUUUUUUCUAACUUUUCCUCAAGAGAAGCACUUUUUUUUUUUUUUUUUUAGCAGAAGGCACUUCAUCUUUAGGAAUCUGCUCUGUUUCCUCAAAUUCCCAGAAUACACUUUACGCUUCCUCAUUACAGUUUUCAACCCUCAGCUCGCCCUUGAAGGGGCCUCUUGUCGCCGGGAUUUAGUCGGACGUUGUACAAAAAGUGGAUGUUUUGUGGGAUAUCUUGAAAAUGCUUUUGGAUUUUUUCCUUAACAGCGAAGAGAAAAAAACAAUGACAAUGACAAAAUUUGAACUUUUUAUCACAAAAACAAAUGAUGGCUGGAUCGAUACCAAAAUAUCCACUCUUCCUAAUGCCACACUUUCCGAUACUGGUCUUGAUUCUCUUAUGGCAAGGCUGAUAUUCUGACAGAUUUGAGUGUUGGAAUGAACUGGAAUGAAUCAUGUGACAUUUUUCCAAUUUCAGCAAUGCUGUGUCGAUAUGAGACGAUAUAACGAUACAGAGACUGAAUGAUAGCAUGUAGGCAGGGAUGCACUGAUCCACGUGACAUAAAAAUGACAAAAAUGCUGCUAUGCUAAUGUUAGCCUAUUAGCAAUGCUAAACCUAGCAUGAUAGUACUAGAUGUCCGGCAAUGUUUACAUUAUUGAAAAUGGCAAAAAAACGCUACUAUGCCAAUGUUAGCAUGAUAACACUUAACAUUAGCGCAAAGUAUUCCUAUGAGUUCUACUGAUAAAACGGCUAAAAAUGCUAACAUGUUAACGUUAGCAUGCAACACCUAGCAUGGUAGCGAUAAUAAAUACUAUAUAAAAAAUUAUAAAAAAUGUAAAAAUAAAAAUGUAUAAAAAAUGUAAUACUUAUGAAAAUGUCUAAUUAUAGUAUACCUAAAUUUUAAUAUCUGCCGAUACCAGCACUAUUCCGAUACUGGAGCUCUGCUUGCAAAACAAAAAACAAAAGAACGUAGUCAUUUUUGGAAAAUUGUCUUCGGGGGAAAAGUUAUAACAUGAUGGGAAUAAAGUCCAAAUAUUCUGAGAAGAAAAUAUAUUUAAGAAGAAAGUUGAAAUACUUGGAAAAUUGGGGAAAACCAACAGUGAAGUUGAUAUUAAUAAUAGGCUUUUCCACCUGUAUGACAAAGCUGAGAUGAAUUAUAUAAAGUAAAACUUCAUAGCAUAUUUUACAAAAAUAUCAAAGUGGGAAAGUUGCAUCCUUUCAUGUUUCACUAUGUGGCCCUCGCUGGAACAGCCUUCAUCAAUUAGCAUAAAAGUAUCAAGUCAGUAUCGGACAAGGGAAAAUAUCAGCAAGUAUCAUUUAAUUUUGUAUAAACAAGUGAUCGAUAAGCAGCUGUAUCAUGACAUAUGGAAGUAUCGGUAUUGGCAUCGGUGGUACACCAAGCAAUCUGUAUUACUUGGUAUCGUAUGGGUAAGAAACUAUCACACGACUUUUAUUCUGUUUUUCAAUACCUUUUCCGUGCAAUUUCCGACUAAAUUCCGGCCUCUUUGGGUAGACAAGACGUCAUGAGGAUCCCUGACAUAUGUGAAUGCUUAAAAAAAAGGAAAAAAAAGAGUUACCGUGACAGAUGAGGAAAAAAAGAAUGUUAUUGCAGUGUACGAAAUAUCUCAUUAUUGCUUUGAUCUCAGUAAAAGUGUAUUUUUAGCUGUGUUUUAUUGUGUGGACGUCUGGCAGGUUUACAUGACUUGUGGAUCUUGCAAAGCACGGAUGAAGUAUUAUUAGCCUUUUUCCCUUCAGCGGUCCGUCUCGAAGCCUACUUCACUUGUUAGCAUAGACUGUGGACGCUAGCUAGCGUAUUUCUUAGCGUUAGCUUCGCUUCAACGUGCGACAUUGGGCUGGUGGAUUCCGCCAGGAAAAAGGGUUAUUCCGUAAUGAAUUAAGCUUCUUUUCUUUAAGCCGUUCAGAAACCUGAGCCCAAAGUGAACCCGACACCUCAAAGCGCAAGCAGUGGAUGUAGGAAGCGUUAAAAGACACCUUUACAAACACAUGCAUCAUCUUUAUCAUGAUGGACACGCAUAUUCGAUUUCCGCUCACGCCCGAGACACCACUAAUAAGUACAUUUCCACCAGAAAUUGGGUAAGUUAAAACCCUCAACAAGGCCGUUUAGUUGCCUAAAUAAUAAUGACUUGGAGUGUAUGAGAAAGUGACCAUAUGAACAAGUACAAUGGUGUGAAAAAGCGGUUGCCCCCUUCCUGAUUUCUUCUUUUUUUUGCGCGUUUGUCAGGCUUAAAUGUUUCAGAUCAUCAAACACAUUUAAAUAUUAGUCAAUGACUACAGCAGUUUGCGAAAUGCAGUUUUUAAAUGAAACCUUUUAAUAUUAAGGGGGGAAAAAAUCCAAACCUACAUGGUCCUGUGUGAAAAAGUGAUUGCCCCCUAAAGCUAAUACCUGGUUGGGCCACCCUUAGCAGCAACAACUGCAAUCAAGCCUUUAACUUGCAAUGAGUCUCUUACAGGAGGAAUUUUUGGCCCACUCAUCUUUGCAGAAUUGUUGUCAUUCAGCCACAUUGGAGGGUUUUCCAGCAUGAAGCGCCUUUUUAAGGUCAUGCCACAGCAUCUCAAUAGGAUUCAGGUCAGGACUUUGACUAGGCCACUCCAAAGUCUUCAUUUUGUUUUUCUUCAGCCAUUCAGAGGUGGACUUGCUGGUGUGUUUUGGAUCAUUGUCCUGCUGCAGAACCCAAGUUGGUUUCAGCUUGAGGUCACCAACAGAUGGCCGGACAUUCUCCUUCAGGGUUUCUUGGUAGACAACAGAAUUCAUGGUUCCAUUUAUCACAGCAAGUCUUCAGGGUCCUGAAACAGCAAAACAGCCCCAGGUCAUCACACUACCACCACCAUAUUUUACUUUUGGUAUAAUGUUCUUUUUCUGAAAUGCGGCAUUAGUUUUACACCAGAUGUAAUGGGACACACACCUUCCAAAAAGUUCAACUUUUGUCUCGUCAGACCACAGAGUAUUUUCCAAACGUCUUGGGGAUCAUCAAGACGUUUUCUGGCAAAAUUGAGACGAGCCUUAAUGUUCUUUGUUCAGCAGUGGUUUUGGUCUUGGAACUCUGCCAUGCAGGCCGUUUUUGCCCAGCGUCUUUAUUACGUUGGAGUCAUGAACACUGACCUUAACUGAGGCAAAUGAGGCCUGCAGUUCUUGUUGAUGUUGGGGUCUUUUGUGACCUCUUGGAUGAGUCGUCGCUGCACUCUUGGGGUCAUUUUGGUUGGCCGGCCACUCCUGGGAAGUUUCACCACUGUUCCAUGUUUUCGCCAUUUGUGGAUAACGGCUCUCACUGUGGUUCGCUGGAGUCCCAAACCUUUUCCACACUGAUAGAUCUCAAUUAAUCUCAGUUAACUUAUGUUUUAACGGGGGGAGGGCAAUCACUUUUCCACACAGGGCCAUGUAGGUUUGGAUUUCUUUUCUCCCUAAAUAAUAAAAAGUUUUAUUUAAUAACUGCAUUUUGUGUUCAGUUGUUUUGUCAUUGACUAAUAUUUAAAAUUGUUUGAUGAUCUGAAACAUUUAAGUGUGACAAUCAUGCAAAAAAAAAAAAAAUCAGGGAGGGAGCAAACCCUUUUCACUCCACUGUAUAUUGUACAACACAGCAGCAACAGAACCAAUGUUGUAACAGCAGUAAUAGCGCAGAUGAGUCGAUUAUAAACAACAGUAUGACACAUGUAACACCCGCGGCAUUCACACAGACAAGCUGAGUAGCGACACUUUAAAGCGCAUGCAGAGCUAGAUAUGACUACGGAUGCUACGUCGGACAGCUGAAUAUGUUAUCAAACUAUUUGUCGACUUCCAAAACUGGCCAGACGUGUAGUAUACACAACUACAAUACAGGAGCAACAGAACCAAUGUUGUAACAGCGCUAAGGAGCACUAAUAGCCCCGAUUGUAGACAAACAGUGCAACCGUGAGCAUGAUUUUCACACCAACAUGCUGAGUAGUGACAUUUUAAAAGCGCAUGCAGAGCUAGAUCGAAAUGUUUUGGGGGGGGAUGAAGCUGUCGUUUCAACACGUAGGCAUCGCCUUUCUACAUCCACUGUUCUUGCUGUCACUCCACACUGUGGCCACGCUUUAGGCCACGCCCACGGCAGGGCGUGGCUACAUCAUAGCACAUAAAUUUAAAAAAAUCAUCUUGCUGCUCGGCGCUACGGUCGGCCCUCCGCCAUAGGCCACUAGAUGAUUUCUGUUGUUUUUCUUUAUUUUCUUGAAGAUGCACAAAACCCAACGCAACUGACAACAAUGUUCAUCAAGCCACGCCCCUUUUCCUCCUCUCUCUCUUUCUCUCUCGGCUGCUUGGUAGAGUCAAAGAAAAAGCGAAAAAAAAGGGUCUGAAAUAACGGCGACGUCCGCAGGGUGUCGCUUUUUCUUUGUAUUUUUUUUUCUAGUUGUUUGUGUGGAUUUUGUUGUUAUUGUCUGUUUGUACAAAAGGACCUCGAGAGAAAAAAAAACAAAAAAAACAACACAACACAUCACCUCAUUUUUAUUUUUCUUACCAAAACCUAGGGAGAAGAAACUACCUUUUUGCACAAUCGCUUGGCUACGCACUGUCCUAACUUGUCAUUCACAUAUACACUCCACAAAUAUAUAUAUUUGUUAUAUAUAUAUAUAUAUAUAUAUACAUAUAUAUAUAUAUAUAUAUAUAUAUAUAUAUAUAUAUAUAUAUAUAUACACACACACACACACACACAUACCAGGGGUGUCCAAAGUGCAGCCUAUUACUGUUUUGUUAUUGGCUCAAGGUGCAUUCUAACAAGAAAACUAUAAAUAAAAAACUAACAGAAAAAUCAGCAGUCAUUUUACAAGAAUCAACUCCAAAUAUUAAAAGAAAAAUGUUGUAUUCGAACGAGAAAAAGUCAUCAUUUUAUUAGAAUAAUGUCGUAAUAACAUUUUUGCUGCGUUGAAAUACAACAGGAAAAAAAAAAAUCAUUUUUUUUCCCAAAGUGGCGAUAUGUGAAACAAAGAAAACUAAAUAAAGUUUUGAAUUUUGGGAAAAUUUGUUUGGGGAAGAAGUUAUAAAAUUAUGGGACUGAGGUCAAAAUAUUAUGGGAAUGAAGUCAUAGUUACAAGAUGAAAAAGGAAGAAACAGGACAAAAGUUAAAAUAGUUUAAACAGCAGGAAUCAGUUGUAAUUUUACAAGAAUAAAGUAAAAAUGUUAAGAGGGAAAAGUCAGAAAAUAAUUUACAAUUUUAUGAGGAUUAACUCAUGGCAUUAUCAGGAAAAAAUGUCAUUUUAGCAGCAAUUGAAAUAUGAAAAUAAAAAGAUUUUUUUCAAAAAUCAUAUUAUUAGAAACAAAAUCAAACAUUUCUGGAAAAUCAGGUUGGGGAAAAGAUUAUAAUAUUAUGUGAAUAAAGUCAUAAUAUUACGAGAAGAAAAUUGACAAGAAGAAGGUUGAAAUAGUUGGGGAAAAUAAAUCCAGCAGAAAUGGAAAAAACAGCUGUAAUUUUACAAGACUACAGUCAAAAUAUUAUGAGAAAAAAGUCACAAUUUUACAAGAAUAACCUUGUGAUAUUAGGAAAAAUAAUCUCAUUUUAGCAGCAUAGAGUUGAAAUAUUAAGGAAAAAGAUUUUUUCAAAAUCAUAAUAUUAUGAGAAACAAACAAAACAAAAAGUUGUAAUUUUUGGAAAAUUAGGUUGGGGAAGAAGUUGUAAUAUUAUGGGAAUAAAGCCAAAAUAUUAUGGGAAGAAAAUUUACUCGAAGAAAGUUUAAAUAGUUUGAAAAUUAAAAAAAAAGAGCAACAGCUCAAAUGGAAACACAGAUGUAAUUUUAUGAGAAUAAUGUAAAAAUAUUUAGAGAAAAAAGUCCUAUUCUAACGAGAAAAAGUAGCAAUUUUGUGAGAAUAAAGUUGUAAUAUUAGGAGGAAAAAUAAUGUCAUUUGAUGCAAUAUUAAAGAAAAGAGACAUUUAAAAAAAAUCAUAAUAUUAUGAGAAACAAACAAAACAAAAAGCUGUAAUUUUUUGGAAAAAUAGGUUGGGGAAAAAUUAUAAUAUUAUAGGAAUAAAGUCAAAAUAUUAUUAGAAUAAAGUCAUAAUAUUCCAAAAAAAAUUCACAAGAAUAAAUUUGAAAUAGUUGGAAAAUUUUAAAAAAACUACUGUCAUUUUACGAGACUAAUGUCAAAAUAUUGAGAGAAAGACGUAAGUAAAAGUUGCAAUUUUACAAGAAUAAAAUUGCAAUCAUAUAAGGGAAAAUAAUGUCAUUUUAGUAGCAUAGAGUUGAAAUAUUGAAGAAAUUGUUUUUUAUUUUUAUAUUGUGAGAAACAAGAAGAAAAUAAAAUAGUCACUUCAGGAAAAUUUCAUUUUAUGGGAAUAAAGUAAAAAUAUUAUGGGAAUUAAACAUCAUAAUAUUAUGAUAAAAUAUAGGAAGAAUAUUUAAGAAGAAAGUUUGGAAAAAUGUAAAAUGGGAAGUUGAUAUUAAUAACAGGCUUUUUCACCAACAUGACAAAGAUGAGAUGCGCUUUUUUCUUAAAAUAUAUUUACUGUAUAAAACAUCUUAGCAUAUCUUACAAAAUAUCAAAGUGGCAAAGUUCUUUCACUUUUCAAACUUUGUGGCCCUCUCUGGGAAGAAGUUUGGACACCCCCGAUAUGAGCAGUCAGAAAGUCAGCUUGCACUGGUGUUUAAAAUGCAAAAAAACCCAACAGAUUAAUCGCAUUAAUUAAUCCCAGUUAUUAAUCGUUAUUUCAACCAAGUUUAUCGCCCGACUUUCGGAAAUGUUACUUUUUUUUUUUUUUUGCCCCCGCCCUGUACUUACAGUAUGUUGUGACACGCGUAAAGGAGUCACAUGACUGACUGAUUCUAAAGCAAUGAGCACCUUUUGGAGUAUGAAAGCGCUUGGACCAUGGAACGGGAAAAAGUUCUGUCUGUUACCAGACUAAAUUUGUAGCAAUCAAAAUUGAGCGUGUUUUUUUUUUUGUAAGAAAUGUCCCUUCAAAAUAAUAGUUAAAAAAAAAAGAUAAGAAAAGCAGCUUUUGGCAUGUAUGAAGUUUGUCCUCCCUGGGUUUCUGUGAGCUAAUCGGAGUUUCUCGCACUUUCAACCUUUUAAAAGUAAAAAGAGUAUUUUUUUUGUUUGUUUUGGUUUCACUUUGAACGUGUACAUGGAUGUGAACUUUGACCUCUAGACUUUUUAUCAGCGUUUGUGUACUACAGUGUUUUUGAUAGACCUCCCACUAAUAGCCCCGCCCCCUUUUACUUUCACUUUCACUUGGGACUUUUUCUGACUGUACAGGUUAGCCUUAUGCAGUGACAUUAGUCAUCAUCUAUGUCAAAUAUUCCUAUAGCUCAUGCCAUGAAUAAUUAUCUGUAUAAUUAUUUUCUAUUAUUAUCCAAUGCCAUUAAUAAUUAUCAACAAAAGGAUUAUCUAUAAGUACCUAAUGACAUGAAUAAUUAUUGAUAUAUUAUCUAUAUAAUGCGAUGUCAUUAACAGUUAGUUAAAUAGUUAUCUGUAAUUACCUCAUGCCAUGAAUAACUAUACCAUUGUGACCUAUAAUUAUUGACAUCAUGUUAUCUAUACUAUGUAAUGCCAUUAAUCAUUAUUGAAAUUAUCACCCAUAAUUGCCUUGUGUCAUGAAUAACUAAAUUAUUAUCUAGAAUUAUUUAAUAAAUGUAUCAUCUAUCGUUAUCUAAUGGCAUUAAUAAUUGAUAUAACCAUGUAUAAUUAUGUCAUGGCAGUAUUUAUGUACAUAAUUAUUUCAUGUCAUGAAUAACUAAUAUUAAAUAUGAAUAAUUACCAAUAUAUUAUCUAUAAGUAUCUAAUGGCAUUGAUAAUUACUAUUAUUACUAUAUGUAAUGUCAUUAAUAAUUAUUGACAGAAUGAUCUAUAAUUAUGUAAUUUCAUUAAUUGAUUUAAAUAAUUAUCGAUAAUUAUUUCAUGUCAUGAAUAUUUAUAUAAUGAUUUUCUAUAGGCCAUUAAUAAUGAUGACGUGUAAUGAUCUAUUGGCAUGAGUAAUUCUAUAAUGAUCACAUGAUAGGUCACAUGACUGAUGCACGCACGUCCCCUUUUCAUCCUCACACUUCCUGUUUUCUUUUUGGCUAGCGGGCGCACACAAACACUUUUCAAUGAAGGGAAUUCAACAACAUCUUUGUUUUAUUUUUUUGGGGGGGGGGGAUGGGCGGUACAUAGCGCUUUCCUGUCUUGGGUACUGUCUUCAUAGACCACAUCCAAAUCUACUCUCAUGUGUUUCUAGUGUUUCAUGGUAAAGUUGUGCAUUCCAACCUCUUUGUGUAUUGUUCUUUUUAUUUUUUAGCCCGUUUUAAGUGUGUCAGUGGCAAACAAAAAGGUGAAACACACACACACACGGAUAUACAGUGUGUAUAUAUAUAUAUAUAUAUAUAUAUAUAUAUAUAUAUAUAUAUAUAUAUAUAUAUAUAUAUAUAUAUAUAUAUAUAUAUAUAUAUGCACACACAGUAUAUAUAAAAUAUAUAAAGAAAGUGGAGAUGAAGAAAAGGACAAGUGUUUGUUGUGUUGCUCCAAAUGUCAGCCGCAUGCUCGCAUGUUUGUUGUUUAUUGGUUGAUCCAAAGACAUGACGACCAUCACAACCACACGUGUACAGUACAACAACGUACAGUAUGACUUUGUAAUAAUGUGUUACCUACCUUGACAUGAUUAAAAAGACAAACCAGGGGCUUUCAUACCUUCCUUGCACACCUUUUCAUUGCCACACAGUACGUCACUCACUUGUCACUCACAUGUCGGGGAAAAAUUCCAGUAGUAUUCACUGUUAUAUAUGUCAAUAUUAGGAUUUAAAUUAUAUACGUGUUUCUACACCUUUAUUACAAUUAUACCUUUAUUUAUAGUUAUUUUAUCAUGAGUAAUAUACAUUAUCAUUUAUUUAUUGUUUGCUUGUAGUACAUUUAAUUUAUGUGUACAUUUUUAUUUACUACUAUUAUUAUUAGUUUAUUUAUUUAAUAUAUUUUUGCAUUUUUAGACUUUUUUCUUUUACUUUUUUCAGUAUUUUUUGUAUUUUCAUUGAACUAAAAGAAUAGGCAAAAAGCAAAUAAAUUAUAUGCGUAUUAUGCAUUUACAGUAGUACCUCGCAUAACGUAAACCUCCUUUUACGUAAAUUCCACUGAACGUAAAGAAUUUAUGUAAAGUUUUUGCAU